UAAAUUCGUUCAAAAAAUUUGAUGAAAAAUUUCAACUUUCCCACUUCAGUUCAAAAAUAAUUUGCUUAAUUACAGCAAUUAUUUGCUAAUUUUCACUAUUUAUGGUUUGGAGUUUGUGAAAUUUUAGUUUGAUUUGGUGUUGGAUCUCAGUUUUGGGAGCUGUAACAACUUGCAAUUUCGUUGUUUGUUGAGUUAAAUUCUUGAUUUAUUUCAAGUAAGGGAGGAAAAAGAAGUGAUUUUUAGUUGAAAUUGGUGAAUUUUGUUGGGAAAGUUGUGAUUUUUUUGUUCGAGCUAGUGAUUUUGAGUUGUGGGUUUUUGAAGAUUGAAGGUGAUUGUUGUGUGUUUAUUGAAGUAUUGUUAUAUUGUUGAUAUAGUAAAGAUGGGGUUUUUGGUUUCUUUGGUUGUAGGUUGUUCAGGUCCUGAUUGAAAUUUGGGGGAAAAGUUAGGGUUUUGGAUUUGGAGUUAGGGUUUUGUAGUUGGGUAUUUUGUCUUUGGGUAGAAGAAGAAUUUGAAGUUUUACCUUGAAGAAGAGAAAUGUUUUACUCACAGUUCAUAUUGGCCAAAAAGGGGCCUUUGGGAACUAUAUGGAUUGCAGCACAUCUGGAGAGGAAACUUCGGAAGAAUCAAGUUGCUGAUACUGAUAUUGGCGUCUCUGUAGACUCCAUCCUUUUUCCUGAUGUACCAAUUGCAUUGCGGUUAUCUAGCCAUCUUCUGCUUGGAGUUGUGAGGAUAUAUUCUCGAAAGGUGGGUUACCUAUUUGAUGAUUGCAGCGAGGCUUUGCUAAAAGUCAAGCAAGCUUUUCGCUCCACUGCUGUGGAUUUACCACCUGAAGAAUCUAAGGCUCCAUAUCACUCAAUCACCUUGCCAGAGACUUUUGAACUUGACGAUUUUGAAUUGCCAGACAAUGACAUUUUUCAGGGUAACUAUGUGGACCAACAUAUUAGUUCAAGGGAGCAGAUCACACUACAAGAUAACAUGGAGGGUGUGAUUUACUCAACUUCGAAGUUUGGAUUGGAUGAGAGAUUUGGGGAUGGUGACACUUCUGGUUUAGACCUUGAUGAGGAAUUAUUUUUGGACAAGGUUGCUGCUGUUGGAGAUGCUAGUGGGAGUGCUGAUCCUCAAGCAUCUGUUGAACCAAUGACACCAAUCAAACAAGAAGAACACCAUGAAGAGAUGGCUGCAAAUUCCGAGAGCAUGUUUGAUGGAGUUGAUGGAGAUGCUGAUUUCAUGGAUCAUGCUCCAUGUACUCCUGGGUUGGCGGAAGAACCAAAUUUGUCUAACGUUCAGGAAAUAUCAGCAUGUGAGGACCAUCUAGGGCUGGAAGAUCGUCAUGUGACUGAAUAUGCUGUAAAAGCAAAUUCAGUGAAUCUCUCUUGUGAAAAUAACGUGAAUAACGGAAGUGAGCUCUUUGAAAAUCAGGCAUUAACUGCUGGCUCGAAUGGUGAACAGCCUGUAAAAGGAUAUUCAGAGAAUCUCUCUUGUGAAAAUAGCGCAAAUAAUGGGAGUGGACUUCUAAAAAAUCAGGCAUUAACUGAUGUCUCGAAUGCUGAUACUGUUCACUCUGGGGCUGCUGAGGAGAAUGGUUACCAUUUAGGUAACAUGUGUGACAAACAACUGGUGCCAGAUGGUCAGCUGCCUCCAAGUGGAGUUGCAGUGGAUCUUGUGUCAUCAAGUGAUCCCACUGUAGCAUCUGGACCAUCCUCUGCUGCUGUUCAUCAGGUUAAUGCAAAAUCAUCUGUCCUAGAAUGUGCGGAUGCGAUUGUUGCUGCAUCUGAUGGUCAAACAAAUGAGAGGAGCUUGCAGUGUAUGCUUUCUGACAUGGACAAGGUUGAUGUAUCUACCCCUGGGGGCUUCCCCGACGAGCCUUCACUUCCAAAUGGAAUUAGUUCCACAAAAGUUAACUAUGAUGUUUCUGCUUUAAGUAGCAUCUGCCAGCCAGUUCCUGAAGAUAUUUCACCGAGUAAUCAGAGAUCACCUAAGGCAGUCUCAAAUUACAUUGCAAUUCCAGGAAACUUGGAUGCUGGUGAAUCUCAAGAUAUAACUUGCUUUGAAACACCGAAGACUGCUGAUUGUCUGGAACAAAGUAUUUUUGAUGAAGACACUGGUGCCCAGGUUCAUGUUCUGAGUCGAUGUAAUGCUUCUGCUCAGCUUGAUGCAUCGAAGUCUAGUUGUGAGCAUGCUGUUAAUAACGAGCCACCAUCUAAUUUUUCUGGUUUCCACCUGCCAGAAACUUCUAAGGAGGGCGAAUUACAUGCUUCAGCAGGUUAUUCAGAACACAUCUCAAAAGAAAGUCUCGUCAAAGAACCUGUUCCACGUGAAGACAUUCAGAAAGAUACUGACAAAUCAACUGAUCGAGCAGAUAAUGUAGUUCCAGAAGAUCGCCACAUGGAGUUUAUGAGCAGUUCAGCUGCCUCUGCCUUGCCAGCUCCUGAAAAGAUUCUAUCAAUGUCAGGAGGGCUUGUUGAUUUACCUCGGAGUAUUUUCCCAGAGGCUACACCGGAUUACUUGGUGGGGUUCAAUGAGGCUGAUGCUGGUGACAAAUUCAUUUCAGGAAAGAAGCGCAGUUACACUGAGAGCACACUAACAGAGCAGAGUUUCAACUCAGCUGAAUCUUCAAGGAUGGUCCGUUCCAAAAAGUCUGGAGGAUUUAUUCCCGAUGAUGAUGAUUUGCUUUCUUCUAUACUAGUUGGAAGAAGAUCUUCAGCGCUGAAGCUAAAGGCUACUCCUCGACCUUCUGAGAUUACAUCAAGCAAGCGUGCUCGAUCUGCUGCUCGGAUGACUGCCAGUAAAAGGAAGGUUCUUAUGGAUGAUAUCAUGGUCUUGCACGGAGAUAUGAUAAGACAACAGUUGAUACAUGCUGAGGACAUACGUCGCGUAAGGAAGAAAGCUCCUUGCACACAUGCUGAAAUCUCAGCGAUCCAGAAACAGUUGUUGGAAGAUGAAAUUUUCAGAGCAGCAGUAUUAACUGGUUUGUCGGUGGAAUUGUCUUCUUUACAUAAGCAAACAUUUGACUUGAGUACAGUCAAGGUCUCUUCUUUUAGUGAUGUUAGCUGUUCUCAUGCUGAGAUGGCGGUCAAACCCCAGAUAACUGCUGAGUAUGCUGAAAAUUCCAUCUCAAAUUUGGAGGAACAACGUCAACAGCCAAGUGUUGAGUGUGCUGAAAAACCCAUCUCAAAUUUUGAGGAACAACGUCAACAGCUAACUGCUGAGUAUGCUGAAAACCCCAUCACAAAUUUGGAGGAACAACAAGCGAUGGUGUUCAAUGAAUCACAUGUUGAAAGAGAAAGUGGAAAGGAAGGAAGCGAUGAACGGUUUGUAGCUAGAGAUGAUAGCAUAUUAGGAGAUGUUGAGGCUACUAUUCCAACUGAGAACAAGGAAGUUGAUGAGCAUGACCAAUGUUUAAAUAGUGACGCCUCUCAAUUGCGGCCAGAUACUGUCACUGAUGUAGCAGCGGCCAAUGGCUUUCAUCUUGAACCUUCAGAUGAUACAGCAGAAAUAGGACCUCAGGUAACUUGCCUUUCUGGUGCUGAUGCAGCAGAUACUGCCUCUGCCGCCAAAGAAUUAUUGGCAUGUCCUAAAAGUGGUGGAUUAGGUGGCGAAGGUGAUAUCAUAGAAGGUCUACCUCUGACAGAUCUAUUUAAUGAGUCUGGAAGGGAAGCUGCUUUUAUUUUACCCGAAGUAUCAUAUGGAUCUCCCAAUCGUGCACCGGCUGCUCAAGCUGAUAAGUCUCUGGAAAAUUUGAACGAUGAAAACCUUGUAGUUAGUAGUGACUGGCCAGAAAGCAACUACUUUAUUUCUGAAGCUGAAACUGGAAUUGAAAAUAUGGUAGAAGAUGCAGAUCUAUUGGAGGCUGCCCAAGACAGUGCUACAGUUGAAAUUGCAACUAAUGUAGAAGAUAUAGUAGCAGAUGAUUUCAACCAGAGCUUUGCUGAUAACGUUAUAGGCACUGAACAACCUACCACAGAUGCUUCAUAUGAUGAAACAAAUAUGCAUUUGCUGGAUGAUCCCAUAGGAGCCGGAGACUAUCCAUGUAAACAAGAAGAUUUCUCUUACAAUAUGAUGGGCGCAGAUCUCACGGAUGGCAAUCUGGGGGACCUAAAUGAUCUAGAUUAUUCAGCCGCUGGAAAUGAUACAGGGUUUCUGAACUUCGAUGACGAUGAUGAUGAAGAAGCUGAAGCAGCUGAUGAUUAUGUACCUGCUGCUGAUGUCACCCGUAUCACUGAGAACAUUGGAUGGUCCUCUCGUACUAGGGCUGUUUCCAAGUACCUCCAAACCUUGUUUAUUAAAGAAUCUGAGCGUGGGAGAACGUCUCUCUCCAUGGACAGUUUAUUAGUUGGUAAAACACGAAAGGAGGCAUCAAGGAUGUUUUUUGAAACUUUGGUUCUUAAAACCAGAGAUUACCUUCAUGUAGAGCAAGUGAUACCCUUUGACGAUGUCACAAUAAGUCCUGGAAUGAAGCUUAUGAAAUCGGACUUUUGAAUCUGAUAUGUUUGGUAGGGAAGGAUAUAACAUGAAAAAGUUGGUAAACAGAAAUAUGUAUUUCUAGUAGUUAGUCAAUUGGGUCAGUUUGUGGUCUACUCUUGCUAUAGUUCAUUCUUUACAGUCACGUUUUGAUGGUCAUGUAGUUAGGUUUUUACUUGGCUGGCAGAGUAGAUCAUUUGACACAGGUGUGUGUUGCACUCUGUUGUACAAUGUAGAUCUUAUUUAUAUGUAAAUAUCCUGUAUAAUAUGUGGCCAUGCUUCUGUUCUAAUUUUCACUUCUUUAUUUUCGUAAUAAAGAAAAUUAUAUGCUUUUA